GCGCCGAGACAUAUAGUACUAUAACUACGCGGUACGAGCGUGAAGCUACUCUGAACACACAUUUUGAUUACCCAGAAGCAAUAGUUUUGCAUUAUUUGUCACAAACGCCAGCACACGCUGUUUAGUUACAGUGCUAUUUUUUGUAGUGAAAUCUAAAAUUAAGUUUGAAUCCUUUAAGAAAAUAUGGCGAAAAUGAAAACACGCUCAAAUCCACAAACUGUUAGUUCAUAGUGUUUACGUAUAUAUGUAUGUAGAAACCAGCGUAGUUGAGAAGAACGAUUGAUGUAAAAGUGUAGCGAAAUGCCACCGCCAAAGAAGCCACCGAUUCAUGUGCCAAAGAAAGCCAAUCCUAGUCUUGGCUACGAAGUGCUAAUCUAUUUGAAUUCCUUCUACUUUGGAAUGUUCGCCUGCUGUGAACUGAGUAUGGGUCUGCUGAAGGCCAUCAAUCUAUCAUAUCCGAAUAACGUUUUGGCACGAGAUUCGGCUGUUGUGAUUGGUUUCUGCAUUUUAGAGACGAUACGCAUCAUACUCGGACGCAAGGGCUCUUUAGCUGAUAAAAGCUGGCCAGUUAUUUUAUCUGUUUUCCUCACAGUCCCAUGCUUUUUCGGUGUCUCCUACAUAUUACUUCUACAAGAAUACAAACUACGUCUGGAAUACGUGCUCUGUACUUUACAGAUCGGAUUAUAUAUGACCGAAGUUUGGUAUGCAAUACUUUCAUUUUUUUCAUUAUGUCGUCCAGUAACUUUCGAAUAAAAUUAGCCAAAAUCAUAAAGAUGAACUUUUAAACUAUUAAUGUAACAAAAGCAGAUAAUUAAGAAAACCAAAUGUGUAAUUGUGAAGAAUUUUCAGUGGUAUUCAAGAACUUGUAACAUUAAGUUAAUAAAAGAAAACAAGACAAAACACAAAUCAUAGCAAUAAAGUAUUUGAGAAACAUAUUUUGAAUAUACGAUGAACACACACAAAAUGCAAAAUUAUGUAUUAUUGAAAAUAAAGGAAUAUAAGCAAAAUGUAUGUAUGUAUAAGUACAAACAUAUUAAGUGCGAAAAAUAUGAUGUAUAUAAAUUUAUAAAAAAAAAAAUAAUAAUUUUCAAACUUUUGAAUACACCUUUUUAUAAUACAUGCAUACAAGUGUAAAAAACUGUUAUGUUUGUAAGUGAACAACAACAAAAUAGCAUAAUAGAAGUAUUCUCAUUUAGCGUUAGUAUAAAAAUAUGGCUAAAAUAUUUUUUUGUGGAAAUUUUUUUUGUGAAAUUUUUUUUUCGUGAAAAUCAUUGGUUUAAAAGGCAGGAGUUGGUUAAUACAACAACAAAUGUGCAUGAGAACCAUUAAAAAAUCGUUAACAAACUAACAAACUGUAUGACAACCGAAGCCAACAGCGCCAACAAACAAGCUGCGAAGUUUCAGCACAAAUAUUAUAAAAACUAAAAGAAUUUCGAACUCAUUCUAAAGCAUUAAUAAUAUAUACAUACAUAUUUAUUUGCUUGCAACCACAAUGUAUGUAACUGUAUAAUCAUAUAACGCAUGUUCUCAUUAAAUCUUUGUAAAUGUCUUAAGGAUAAGCGAAGAUAAAUAAGCUAGCUUGUUAAGGACUAGGCAAAUACUCAAAACUACACAAAGACGAAAUUUCGAAAUUUGUAAGUAGCUAAGUGUAUAACCAUAUAAGUCUAUAUAUAAAUAAAUACAUAUGUACAUAUAAACAUACAAACAUGUCUCGCACAUACAGCAAAUCUAUAAAUACGUAUGUACAAAUGUAUAUUUAUUUACAUAAAAUAUUUAAAGCGCUAGUUUUAGGUCUCCACAAAUACACGCGCAAAAUAUUUCAGAAUUAAAACUUUAGGUGUGCACUUUUCGAUUGCGAUGUGUAAGUACAUGCAUACAAUUGUAGCUAACUUCGAAAGUACGUCAAAUAAGUAUUGAAUCGUUUUAUAAAUUAAAGGUAUGUUAACUUUAAAAUAUUUUACUUGACUUUGUUAUUGGAAAAUAGCGUGCGAAAAUACUGUUGAAGCUCCACUCAAACCCGACCCAUAUAUAUGUAUAUACAUAUACAUAUAUUUAUAUGUGUAUAUAGAAAUAUGUACAACUUACAUAUAUUUUCACUUCCAAUAUAAACAUGUGCAUUAAUGAAAUUUCUGAAAACUGAACUAAAAAAGCUUUACCUGUGGGCAGCGCAUUUCGCAGCAUCUACUGCAAUAACGUCUGUCCACGCAUGCAUAUGUACAUACAUAUAUUUUUACUUACAUUUUUAUACAUAUAUUUAUACACACAAAAGUCCCGAAUUUCGAAUUUCGAAUUUUUAUAAAUCUCAAUAGGUAUACACUAAACAAGUUAAAUCAGAAACGUCAAAUUUACAUAAAUAAGCAGGUGCGUAUACUCCAACAAAAUUUAAUAUGCAUAAUUUAUAUAUUGUAUUUUCUAAAAACAAAAAAAGAAAAAACAAAAAUAAGUCCAAAACAUCAUUUUUAUUAUAAGUUCGAAGUAUUGUUCCCCCGUUAGAACGGUUUUUACGGUUGACAACUCUUGUGCCAAUAUUAUUGAUUGAAGUGUUUUUUGACAGCGCUAGGAAUCUACCACACGUGACUUAUUUAAAAAUGGUUAUAUACAAAUUUUUAGAGCUAAUAAAUCAAGCAGUUAAGAAAUGUGAUUGAGAACAUUGGUUACUAUGUAAAGUGUUAUUGAUUUAUAAAAAAUUUUCAUGUUCACUAAAAUUAUUUUUACCAAAAUGAAAAUGGCGCAACAAAUAUACAUAUAUAAUCAAUAACCAAAAAGUGUCUAUAAAAUGUUGAAAAACAUGUAUGUAAAUGUUAAACAAUUUUAGAAUGCAAGCGUACUUUUUUAAUCAUAAUAUUUGUGUAUGUAUAAAACAUUUAUUUUACAUUUAUAAAUUGGGCAAAUGAACAUAUGUAUGUAUGCACUUACACGUACUUUGUUGCUGUGCAUGCGAAUUUAUUCUGAAAAUGAAAAAUAUUUCAGUUAUUAAGGAAAACUAACAAACAAAAAAUAAUACUUUUAUUAGCGUUAAGAGCCGUAUUUACUUUAAGUUGAAGGAAGUAAGCCAAAAAACGGUAAACACAAAUCUUAAUGAUAACAUAAAUUUAAGACCUAAAUCAACAGUGUAAAUUUUAAUGAAACUGAUAAAGCUAUAAACAAUAACAAAAAACUCCAAAAUUCAGUAUGCAUGGGCAUACAAUUUUUAGAUAAAAUUAUUAAUAAAAAUUUAAUGAAAUUAUAUAUAUGGUCAAACUAGUGAAUUUUAAUGAUUUAUAUACCGAUGUUUAUAUUUUUGUUAUAUUGUAAUGAACCUCAAUGUAAUGUAAACAUGCAUAUUAUACAUACAUACAUACUAACAUAAAAUUGUAGAUUAUAAUAGCUUAUUCAUGCAAAAAACCGAACAAUUUGAAAUUACAAUAAGAAACACACAAACUCAGACUCACAGGCGGAAAAUACAUAUGUACAUACAUAUAUGAAACCGGAAAACGUAGUCUGUGCACCAGGUACUUAUUUACAUUAUUUAUGUAUAUAUGUAUGUAGGCAUAAAAGAACAAUGCAUUACGUAUAUAAUGCACAUACUCGUAAAUACAGCCUAUUUUUAUUCAAUUAUACAUAUUUAUGUAUGAGUACAUAUAUAACGGAGUGGUGAGUUGAAAUAAAAUUAAGAACUGGGAACUCCCUUUACAAAUUCAAAUGGCAA